AUGGAGCAACACUCAGAUCCAAAGUGGGAAGCCAAGUUUUCUACAACCCUAAAAGAUGCCACAGUGGACCAAAUAUGGCCUCUCUGCAAAGACUUCUUUUAUUUCCACAAGUGGUUUCCAACCCUUGCCCCUUGCUAUGGGAUCCAUGGAACCAACGGUGAACCCGGCUAUAUCAGACAUUGCUCGCUGUUCUCAAUCCCCUCCAAGAGUGGUGAGAAGUUCGUCAGCUGGUCCAAGGAACGAUUAAUAGCCAUUGAUGAUCCUGACCAUAGUCUGAGCUAUAAGAUCGUGGAGAGCAACAUUGGGUUUAAGUCGUACGUCUCAACGUUCAGGAUUGUUCCGCGUGGGGAUAUUGACGGUCGAGAUGGGUGCGUGAUCGAGUGGUCUAGAACCGUUGAUCCUGUGAAGGGCGGAUUCUUGGUGAUUUGGUGA